AUAUUAGCUACCCCAAUUUAAACCCUGAACUAGACGAUAUCUCAAUGAUUGUCAACUUGGACAAUGAAACAGAUCAACCUGACUGUCAGGAACUUCCUACCGUUGACAAUACAAAUACUGACAAAGAUAUAAUCAAUGAAACUGAACAAACUGACUACCACGAACUUCCUUUUGUUAUUGACAAAACCAAUACUAAUGAAGACGAACUUGACAAGGAUGAUGAAACCCGGCACUCUAAUAAUCAACACCCGGUUGUUACAAUUCCUAUAUCAGACCAACCAUUGAACUUUGGCCAAAAUCAGAUCAUUUUUGGUACACCUGGUGGGACAUUUGUUCGUCGUCGAGUAGGAGAAGAAUUCAAUCAGGAGUGUGAAACAUGGUGGCGGUAG